UUGAAAGAGUGAAGUUGAUUGAAGAUUUUGUCUUCAUUGUUUAUUAAUUAAACUUUGAUUAUCUCUCUGAUUUAUUGAAUCUAUUUUUUUAAUUGCUUUUCUUUUAAAUCUAAUUCACGAUUAGUAUACGAUCUCUAUCGGUUUGUUCAACAUACGAAUUAUUUUUUACCUUUUACUUUUUAACCUUUUGGCAUUUUCUGUUUUCUGUUUUCCAUUUUGUUUUUUUUUCAUUCUUUGUUCUUGUUAAUUGUUGUGAUAAUUUCUGGCAAUUAGUAAAUUAAGAAAAGAGAAUUUUUUUAUCUCCUCUCUCACAAUGGCUACUCUUACAAAAGGCAAUAUUAUUGAUGAAAUAAUUCUUGAUGACGAUGAAGAAGAUAACAUGGAUGAUAACAGUUUUGAUAGUUCAUCUUCAAAGGGACAUUUUAAUCCUGGUUCAUCGGAAAUGAAUGGAUUUCAAAUUGAACAAGGACGUGGUAAUUAUGAUUAUGAAGAUGGUGAAGAUGAAGAAAUGGAUUGUGAUGAUGAAAUUUCUCAGGUCAAUCAACCCGUUGAUUUUAUAUUUGCUGUUGAAGAUGACAAUGGAGUUGAAACCGAGUUUGAUUCACAAAAAAUAUUCUCCAGUGAUUUUAAUGAGAAUAAUUUAAUUAAAAAUGAAUCACCAGUUAAAACUCCUCAAGUUAAAUCAUUACAAAAUCAAAUAUCUGCUGAAUGUGAUAAACCAAUUAGAACUCGAUCCGCAUUAAGACAACAAUCAAAUCCUCAAACUGUCCAAUCAAAUAUAACCUCAACUCCGACAACUACCAAUGGUAUCAAAAAGAGAGCUAAAGUAGCCGAAACAGUUGAAACAAUUCCCGUUAAACAAUUACGAUCCUCAGUUAGGGAAACAAGAAAUGUUCAAAACAAAUCAGCCCAACCAACACCAGCAGAACCUAAAAGUAUUAACAAAAAAGGAGCCAACACACCAACAAACACCAACAACAAUUCAACCCAGUCCAAUUCAGCCUCAAGUGCCAACAAAAAAUUAGCAAAUAACAAUAGUUCAACACCCAAUGGUGUUACCACAAACGGCGGAACCAAAAAUAACAAGAAACCAGUGAAUGGAACCAAAGUAGCGACCAAUACUCCAAGCAGCAAUCCCACCAGCGCUCGAACUACCCCUUCAACCAAUGGUACCACUAAGACGAGUACAAAAAAUUCAAAAACCCCAACGGAAACUCCGGUAGCAGAAGGAAAAACAAUAAUACCAAGGAAAAGAGUAAAAUCUUACUGGAACGGUAAAGAACACGGAAAAGCAUUGGGACCUGAAGCUCCUUAUGUUAUGAUUGAAAAACUAGAGCCCAUAUUAGUGGGUCAGACCGAGUACAGAGGUCACGAUUGUCUGAAAACCGUGUGUCCAGCUAAACGGACUAAUAAACGGGCCAAAUCCCCUGUACCACCACCACGAAUUCAACCCUUAGUUGAUAAUUUAACUUCAACAAUCAACAGAGUAGCUGAAGAUGUACCACUUAGUCCCAAUGGACUUCCACCUCCCGGUCGACCUCAAAUGGGUCAAAUUGUACGUUUCCAAUUCUGGCAAACACCAUUGGGCAACAAUGUACCCGCUAAAUCAUCUUAUCAAAAGGCGAAAAUAAUUGGUUACGAUGAAGAAUUUGAUUUAUAUACAAUACAAUUAUUUCACUACGAUCAUCCAUUUAUAAUCAACUCAAAGGACAAAUCAAAAAAUCAACGAAUCACCACUAAUACAAUGAUUGUCGAUUGGGACUCAUUAGCUGAUCCAAUAAUUAUAGCAAACAGUUAAAUCUAAUUGUGACAUCAAAUGAGAUAAUCAACAAGCAAAAAAAACAAGUGAAAAAUUAACAUGAUCAACAACAACAACAAUUAAUCUCUAUUCAAAUUAGAUAAACAAGUUGAUAAUAAUGAGGAAAAAAACCUUCAAGUGUAUUUUUUUUUUUAAAAACCAAAACCAAAUGAACCUAAUUAACUUAGUGUGAAUCAACAAUCAUAACAAUUUAGUUUUAAUCGUUUUAGAUAUUGAAUGUAAUUGAUUAAUUUCCAAGCUAAAUUGUUAUCCAAUUAAAUUUUUCCACUAUUUUAACUUUGUUGUUAAAAGCAAAAUGUAAAUAAUUGUGAAAAUGUCAACUCAACCCCAAUCUCCAUCCCUGUAAAUUGUAUCCACUUUGAAACAAUCAGAUGAAAUAUUAAUCAUGAUUUAAAUUGAUCAAUAAGAUUAUUAUUAUCACUAUUAUAAUAAAAUCUGAUUAGAAAUAUA